AUGCCGACGAAAGAGUGCUUAACAUGUAAGCCGGGCGACGACACGCACCACCAAAGUGCCGUGGAGAAUACGGGCUGCGAGGAAAGCUACUUGCGCGUUGACGCGUGCAUGAAACUUAACAACGGCCGCGUCUCGGCCUGCACGGAGGAGUGGGAAAAGUUCCGCCAGUGCCACGAGCAGGGCAAGACUACGCCCAAAAGUGGUGGCAAGAACUCGAACGCCUUUGGACGCGACGUGAGCGAGAUGGAAAUGAUGGUACUGGCCGGAACAGUCUUCGUGGUCUCUGUGCUUCUCGUGCUUGUCUACAAGCUGGCGCGCGGAUGGGACGAUCUGGACAAGGACGACUUUGGCGCCAGUGUGCUGCCGCUACACGCGCCGCGCGCCACAAACCGAUGGGUCACCAGCCGCAAAACGCACUUUGGACGGCUCGGCACGAUCCAGGAACACGAAGUCUUCUCCUUCAGCUCCAAGAUGCGAUAA